AUGGCACAGACGAAAACGAUUGGAAACAUCACCGACUGCGACGUAGAGGUAACGCUGGCGGACCAACAGAAGAUCAACGAGUUCGCUCGGUUGAACAACAAAUUGGAAGAGGUUAAGGCUUUAUUGAGCAAGAAGACGAAGGAGAGGCAGAACCUGGACGAUGCGAUAAAGUCGAUGAUUUUGUUAGAGCCGGAUGAGCCGGUACCGGUGCUGUUUGGAGAGGCAUUCUUAGAGUUCGAUUAUGAGGCGGCAGAAGGCGAGUUGGAGAAUAGAAAAAAGAACAUCACCGAUGAGAUGUCUAAUCACAAUGCCGAAAUUACUUGUAUCCAGAAAAAGAUGGCCGAAUUGAAGGUUGAGCUCUAUGCUAAAUUUGGCAGUAGUAUAAACUUGGAGCAAGAAUAA